AUGAGUCGACGCAGCAACAGCAGCUCGGACGAUGACGACGACGACGACGCGAUUGGCGAGCGGCAGAGCGCGCGUAGCAGCCACAGCAACCGAAGCAGCAGAGAGCGCAGCGGCAGUAGUGGCAGCAGUAGCGGGGGCGCGUGUGCCCGUCAGUUCGUGGCGCUCCACUCGCGUGUUGGCAAGCGGUACCAGGCCGUGAUCCCGGAGCUGCUCACGGACACGACGGAGCGUUUGUACAAGAAGAAGCAGGAGAUGCAGCAGCCUAGACCGAGGUACUGUCGUGGCCGAGCACAAGAGUUGGGGAUCGAGCUAGACAAGUACCUUCAGUUGGCGCGGUCGCUGCGAGAAGGUGCGACGUUUGAUACGCAGGAACACAUGACGACACUAGCUCUCGAGCACUUGCAUCGCUUUAAUUACAAUACCACGGACGCUGCGUGCUCCCUGUAUGCACGACAUAGUAUUGAAGUGCCGCCAUCGGCGGUGACAGGGAGUCCAAUGACGAGUAAAUCGGUGGCAGUAGAAGGUGCCAGGCAAUGGCUGUUGGCGUUCUAUCGCUGCAUGAAAGAGACGGUGAUUGAUGGCAGAGUGUUCGAAAAUAUGCGGCAAUUACACGAAGACGCAGAGACGAGCGCUGAAAAGAGUGUAAUACCAGCAACAGAGGCUGGGGUACUAGCACGUCUUGUGACGCGUAUUUUGCAGUGGACCAGACAAUGUGAGGCCGUGAGAAACGAGAAGGUCGAUUGCGCACGGCUGCGGAAGCUACUGCACGAAGCAGAAGAUAUGCAGGUUGUACUGCCAGCAAAAGAAGCGAUCGUAUUCCGACUUCGGGCGUUUGAGACGGCGCUUGCGCGGUUGAAAGAAGCGCUGGGACAAACGCGUAGUAGCAAACGACACCAGAGCAAGAAGGUGGCACUGAAAGAGUUGGAAGAGCUAUUUGAAGCGGUGAUGGUGCCACGUGUGGUUUUUACAGAAGAAGAUCAGUUUCGAAAUGUGGUAGACGAGGCAAAGGAGCUGAAGUCUGUGAUGGACAACAUGUUGGCAGAAGGCAGAGUAAGCCUUCCUGUUGUGCGUGAUGUGCUGGCAAAGAUUGAGUUCAUACCAGUGAAUUUUGAGGAAGAGGUGGAGCAGUUUCAGACCAAGAUGCUGAAUGCGCAGUCGUGGCUCGCAAAGGCUCGUAAGUGCAUGCCGAAUCGUCGAGCGACGCGUCGAGCAGGCAGCACCGACACUAACAAAAUGGACGUGAAAGCAAUACGUGCGCUCGUCGAUGAUGCGCCGUGUGAAAGUAGUACUGAAAUGUUUGAAAUGCAAGAUUUAUUGGCGUGUGCGGACGAGUGGGCCGUCAAGGUGAAGAAAGCAAUUGAUGAGGGCGCCGAUGUUACGCUCGAUGGUCUGAAAGAGAUCUUGGACGAGGCCAAGGAUAUUCCUGUGAUUAUGGACGAGCAGAAGUAUUUGGAGGCUGAAAUUGCUGCACGUGAAUGGUGUACAGCCGCGGCAGCGAAGCUGGCUUCUCGUAAAUCGAUCGAAGAAAUUGAAGAUCUGAGAGCACAGGCAAAUGCGAUACGGGAACGCAUUUAUCCCAAGAAGCAGUCACGCUGGAAGCCACAAAUAGAACGCGAGAUCCACGCUGCAAUGGACCAAGCACGCAAAUGGAUCAAUGAGCUCCGAGAUAACCUCGGUGUUGCGGCCUUUGACAAGUUAUUUGCCUCGCUGUCGUCGUACGUACCAUGUUCAGUUUCCUCCAGGUCUUCAUCUCAUUUGUCAGCGUCAAAUGGCGAUAAAACAAAUAAGAAAUCCAUGGAUAUGAUUGGCAAGCUGGUCGAAAAGUCGCAAGCGCUUGCGGUCGACGUGUCGUCAUACACCACGCCACUUAACGACUUGCUUUUGAAAGGCGUUGAAGCGCAGGCAGAAGCGAGCGCUAUUCUGAUGAGUAUUGGCUGCUUACCGGGGACGAACCCUACAGAUACAUCAGAUGAGACGAAGAGAAAGGCAACUAAGUCGAUGCCUCGAGAACUGGGUGAUUUGGCGCACGCAUCGUCGUUACUGGAGCGAAUAUACGCCUUCCCAUUCACCUUCGACGAGGGACAGAGCCUCGCCAGCAUCAUCGAAGGUGAGAAAGGUUGGGCGGCGCGCGUUCGUGAAUGCAUUCCUCCGCGGCAAUCACGGAAAAAGGGUUUGGCCAAUGAUUCUUUCUCGACAGAACAACUACACGAGUUGUUGGAUGAGUCCAAAAGGUUGCACUUUCUGUUUCGUGACGAACUGCGCAUCCUGUCGAAGGAGCUCAACGAUUUGACCUCAUGGCGAACAAAGGCACACGAUGUCAUAAAUGGUGAAACUAGCGCGUCGAUUGGCGAGGUGGUCGAUCGUCUUCGAUCCAUUGAUCUUCUCGUGUACGGGAAGCUGCAACAGGCUAAACAAAAACUUCAUAUUGGCGAUACGGUCGGUGUUGAUGUAAGUCAGAAGAACAACAAGCUUACUGGCAUCGAAGAAUCGUUGGCUUGGCCAAAGGAAGAAAUGGGCGCUGUUAAAAGCGAAGUACGCAGCGAGAAAAUCAAUGGAUGUGCGAUGGACGUUGAUGCAGAGGGCCCGGCCGACCAUGGAUUAGUGGUAAGUAGCACGGAGAGGCGUCUUGGACUUGACAACUGCGAGGGUGACUGCAGUGAUAAUGGCGGUAAGGCAGCAGUGGUGUCUGGUUUAAGUAUUCCUAGCUCUGCUAGUAUCGUCGGCACGAACAUGCGGGCAGUGGAGAUACAUGUCGAUGAGAUUAUGACGCGUGUUAGAAUGGAAAGUGGCUGCAUGCGAAAGUCAGCUUCCAAGGAUGAGGAAGACGAUGCUAAUGCUAUCGACGUGAGGACAUCAUGGACGGCCGAAAAUGGACAAGAUUUGUUAGAAUCAGUUUUGGCAAUGGCAGAGGAAAGCUUUGUGGCUGUUGAUAGUUUGGAGUUGAAAGAAGCCGAAGCACGGCAAACGGUCGAGGAGCUGGUGCUGGCUGGAGAGAUGGGCGAUAUUACAGAGGACAUCACGAAUAAAUCUGUACGAGUAUUGAACGGGUGGAAGCAACAGCUCGCGCAUGUACAAAAGGAAAGCGAUAUUCUUAGCGUCGAAGCUCCGGAGCAGCAUGCCCUGAGCCUUAUCGUAUCGCUGCUUGACUGGUUGCAAGGAUCGCGGUCGCUUUUUUAUGACGAGAUUCUUCCUCUCCAAGACUUGGUCGAGAAGGGCAACAGGAUUGCCGAAGACGUGAAGAAGUUUACGUCUCGUGGUAUAAUUGGGCCAAAGACACUGGAAACUAUGGAACGAAUGCUUUGGCCACUGCCGCACUUGAGAGCUCACGAAAAUGUGGUGCUCGAGUGGACCGAGCGCGUCCGCAAAUGUGUGGCAGAAAAGCACGCACAGAUAAGUGAGCUACAGGCGCUGCUUGAUAGCGGAAGUGGGCUUCUGCUAGAGCAGGGUACCUUUAAGAUUGUGAUGGACGAAGCCAAGAAAGCCAGAAUUUGGUUAUCGAAGCUGAAGAAACGUUUGCGAGCCCUGGCUACAAAAGGAGCUAGGCGACUGAGCAUGAGUGCAGCGCGGUCUCUUGUAGAGGAAGGUGAAGACAUUGCGAUCGACAUGCCUGUGUUUGACUUUCUUAAAGAGCACCUGGAGAUUGCAAAUGACUGGGAGCAGCGCGUGCUAGGGUCUGGAAUCGAGACGGGCCAAGCGCGAGUUGCGACUUUGCUUGCGUUGCUCAAUGAGUACGAGUGCGCUCGACUAGUGAUUGAUCUCGACAUGCAUCGAGACGUUCUGAAGUCCGCCACUGAGCGAUUUUGCAUCUGCCGGCAACCUUUCGAUGGAUUGAUGAUUGGAUGCGAUCACUGCGAUGACUGGUUCCACGACAGUUGUAUCGGUAUGUCCAAGGAGAAGGCCGAAAAGGUAGAGCACUACACUUGCCCAUCGUGCACUGUUCUACAGGAACUAGCAGCAACGCUGCAGCAAGCAACGGUUACGGUACGACAAGGCACUUUGUGGGACAUGCAUGAGUAUGCCAAGGCGUUUGAAAAGCAUCAGGCCAGUGCGUUAAGAAAGGUCAAGCGCGAAGAAAAGACCGUCGAACGAACGGAGAUGCUGUUGUAUAGCUGUAAUAACCAAAUGAAUGAGCUGUGGACACGAAUCGAUGACAUCGAGCGUGCGAAGGCCUGCUUGGCGAUGAAUGCUGCUACAAGCAACGGUGCUUUUGCAGCGCAAUAUCCGUCGAAGCAGUCAUCCCAGCUCGAACCGUCUACUACAGCACAAGUGUCAGCAGCAGCGCCAGCAUCCACCGUUGUCAUGGCGAAUGCGGUGGCUGCAAACGCAAUUGCGAGUGCAAAGGUCCCAACGAUCGCUACGAAUGCAAACGCGGGUUCACCGGCUGCUUCUGCAGCACCUGCCGCUACUACUGCUUCUAGUAAGAGCAGCACAGCGGUAUCGGCCACUGCAGGUAUAAACGUCGCAGUCUUGAAUCGCCAGCAGUAUCCCAGUAUCCUGAUUCCGCCCAUACGUGCUGUGGGUAACGUACUUAAAAGCGUGUCCAAGCCAGAGGAUGUUGCCAAGCUGGUUGCAACGAUUGGUGUGGUAGGUUCAACCGCUGCACCUACUUUAACUGGGGCAACAGUAUCAAAGAGUUGCUUAAAUGCUGUGAAGACUGGUGGUGUGGAGCAGCAAUUGGCAAAGAUGAAGAAAGAGCACAUUGAGGCGAGCAAGCAAGUGCUGGAGCUUCAGAGUUCCUUGCGUCUGAGCCGCGAGCGACUAUCAAACGCGCAGAAAGCACUCCGGGAGAUUUCAGAUGUCUUUCACGCUCGCCAUCGUAUGCUAUCUCAUGCACAAGCGUGGGUUCAGCAAGCUGGGCUAUUGCUUAAUACGACAGCGUUAAUAUCGCGUGCUAACGUUGUUUUCGCAAAGUUUAUUCCUCGAGAGUACGAGUCCGCACUCAAGGCAAUGACGUGCGCUUCGUUCGAUCCGGCCACUAGUUCUACAUCAGAGUCUGUACCCAUGAGCAUCGACAAAUUGUUUCCGGGUGUGGACAUCUUUGCUCGUUUGCUACGCGCGGUGCCGUGGAGUCUAGUCGUGGUGUCCCGGUUACAGCAACGACCGUCACGUGACGAGAUUAGUGAUGCCAUCUCGUACGCAACUGAGUAUGGACUUUGGGAGGACAAGACAAUUUUGAUGGUGCUUCGUAGCUUGAUUGGACGCGUGGAUGCGUGGGUAUCGCGUGCCCACAAAUGCAUGAUGAAAACUGGAACCAAAACGCAGCAAUUGUCCCGACUGAACGUGCUAAUGAACGAGUAUUCGAAGCUCCCGCUGACGAAUUCGAAAGCAGCAGGACCCUUGGAUAUCUACGUAAAGAUGUUAUCAGGUGUGGGAGUAAAGAGCGACCUCAAAAGUGAGAACGGCGCGCUCACUCUCGAAGCAGCAGAAGCUGCCGCUAUAACAGCUCUGGAUGACGCGAUGUGUGGCCUUUCUUCGUCGCUGGCUGCAUCUGGUGUAGGUCCCGUGAGCUGUAGCACAAAAAAACAAGCGUCACGAAAGCGUAAGGUGUACGCACGGAAAGAAAAAGCUGCAACUUGCCCGUCGAAAAAAGUCAAGGAUUCACAAGACGGAUCCGAUGACACGAAUGUGGUAAUGUCAUCAACCAAUUCUGUCACCGCAGUCGGGAUCUCAGACGCGGCGUCGACGGCCAAAGCAGUUUGA